AUGUCAUCUUCCUCGGUUGCAGAGCUUCAGCAGAAGCUGUUCAAGAGGAUUGGCAUCGACGCACCAGCUCCUGCUAGGCCGCAACAAGUUCUAGCCAGAGGUGGCAGAAAGCCAACGACUAGAAAGGAUCAGCGAAAGGCACAGCGAGUCGAAAAGAAGUCGAAUAGAUACGGUGGGCGACCCGCCACAGACGGCCACAGUUCAGGCGACAAAAAAGCGCGACCUCAAUUUCCUACGAAACAAGAGACUGCGCCGCGUCAUACUCCUACGGGACCCAUUGUGAAGAAUGCACAUGGAGUUCUAGACGAUGUUGACGUCUCCGAGAGUAUGAGCGAUGGUACGGACGACUUGAUUGACCUGGGCGAGAGUGAGGACAGCGGCGACAACUUCGACGAGCAUGACGAUGCAAUUCGCGUUGGCAGCGAUUCGAAAACGAAGCCAAAAAUUUCAAAGUCUAUGCAAGAAAAGCUUGCUCAAGAUGAUGCUGAGAUUGAAGCUUUUGAGCGAAAGCUAGGCAUUAAGAAGGGGCGCAAAUCUUUGCCGCAGUCUUUUAACGAGGAUGGCCUAGGGGGCUUACUGGGUGAAGCUGACGGAGUCGAUUCCAAGCAGGAUGUCGAUGUCGAUGAGCAGAAGCGAAAACGAGAUUAUGACGACUGGCUCUCGGCCAAAAGAUUGAAAAUUGCUACUGGCGUGCCCGCAAAAGUAAAGUCUUCAAAGCAACGGGAUGCCAAUGACACGGGUGACGAUGGAUCAGACGAACUAAAUUCGGACUCGGACUUGCUCAUGUCAGAUGGCGACGGAAUCGGGAAAGAGGGAAAGAGAGAUCUUCCUCCCGAGGACGACUCCUUCGCAGGUUUGGACUCAGAUGGAGAAAAGAAGCAGCCCGUCACGCCCAAGAAGGAAAAUCCGUACGUUGCACCGACUACAGGGAAUGUGGUGGCAAAAUACGUGCCGCCGUCUCUUCGAAAAGGCUCCAUCACGGAAUCUGAGCAAAGAGCCAAGUUACACAGGACUAUACAAGGAUUAGUCAACCGACUGACCGACGCAAAUAUUCUCUCAAUCGUUCAAUCCAUUGAGGAACUUUAUCAGAAGAAUGCUCGAGGAGAUGUUACCGAAAUCAUUACCGACAUUAUCCUUGCACAGAUUUACAAGCCCGAACUUCUUCCAGAUCAGUUCUUCGUAUUGACUGGUGGAUUCACUGCUGCAAUCUACAAGGUUGUUGGUUCUAGCUUUGGCUCCCAUAUGAUCCGCCGUCUGGUUCAGGAUCUUGCGCGGGAUUACAGCCAGGCAGGCGAUGGUAAUGCCAGUACCAGGCGAGAAGCCUCCAAUUUGGUGAAUCUUUUCACCCAACUUUACGUCUUCGAGGUUGUCAGCUGCCGGAUUAUUUUUGACUACAUGGAGAGAUUUUUGGGCGAGCUCUCUGAGCUAAAUGUCGAACUCCUCCUGCGCAUCUGCCGCAUGGCAGGUCGCAUGUUGCGAAGAGACGACGCGCAAUCGCUGAAGCAUAUUGCCAGUGUUCUUAAUACCAACAUGUCGAAGGGUGGAUAUGAGAAUGUGUCUGUGAGAACCAAAUUCAUGGUCGAAACCAUCAACGACUUGAAGAACAGCAAGUCCAAAGGAAAGGGAUUAGACUCAGCUGUCGUCUCCGAACAUGUUGUACGCAUGAAGAAACGCAUUGGGGAGCUGAAGUCACAGUCACGAAGACUUGAUGGAUUAGCUCCCAUGGGUAUGAGCUUGCGUGAUAUUGAAGGCGCUGAUACAGACGGCAAAUGGUGGCUUGUUGGUGCCAGUGUUCCCAUGAAAACAAAGAAUUCGACGGUCAAGGGGACUGAAGAGGAAUCCGAUGGUUCUUUGACAGACGAUGAAGAUAUGGACUUUGUCCUACCAGAUUACCCGCAAAAGGCUCGCUCACAGGGUUUCAGCACCCUGGCCCAGAUAGCCAUUUUCACGGCACUUAUGUCCGCGAACAACUUUGAGCAUGCUUACAGACAAUUUGUCAAUCUCAAGCUCAAAAAAGAUGAUCAGCUUCAGAUCGCUCGCGUCCUGGUCCAAUGCGUUGGCAGCGAAACCGAUUACAACGAGUUUUAUGCGUUAGUAGCAAACCAAGCUUGCUCUAAUAACAAGCUUCGAUUCGCUUUCCAGGAUCGACUUUGGAAAAUCUUCCGUGGGCUAGGAGAAUCCAUGUUCGGAGAUGAUGCCGAUGAGGAGGAGACUGCAGAGAGUGAGCGAAUGAAAGAUCCACGCCGACUAGCCAAAGUUGCUCGAUUCUAUGCCUCUCUAGUCGCCGAUGGUUCUUUGGGAAUCGCAGUUCUAAAGCCACUGGAUCUACCCGAAAUCAAUAGCUGGACGUCCGACUUUGUCGAACACUUUCUUGUGCGGCUGCUCGGUCAUUGCAAAGGUCGGAGCAGCAACGAGGACGCCACGGUCGAGAAGAUCUUUGGAGCCGCAAGGCAGCUGCCGGCCGUCGCCGCCGGACUGCACUGGUUCUUGCGUAAAAAGGUGCGCAAAUCGAAACUCAUUGGGGCCAAGGAAACCAAGAAAAUGGAGCGAGUGCGGCAAAAAGCGCAGACUGUGGUUCAGGCGAUCGAGGUGGCGUAG